UUUCUUAAUGAUAAUUAAGGCACGGGUAGCUUUCAUGCCAUGCUGCGAAGACUGCCUCCUAGGGAGAGAGAUACCGAAGACGGGAAGAGACGUGUCGAACAGAAAGCGGUGGGCUGGAGAGAGAGUUAUCUGUUGCCAGGCCCCGUUUCUAGGCGACCACAGCGGCGGGACCAAGAACCGUGACGCUCUACUUGCAGGGAAGAGCCUCUAUGGUUGCUAAAUGUGGCCGUUCUGCCUUCCUCUCCGUGGUUGGUGGGGCGUUCGGCUGACAACCCGGGGCUUAGGAGGGGGCGAUGGAACGGAAAGGAGCGCUUGGUCCAGCAACGCGUAAGCUUUGCUGCUCCUGUUAAUAAGCCAGGAUUGGUAAACAAUAAUUCUGAAGUAUGGUCCAGAGGUGGUAUUCCGCAGGUUCUGACCAGUUCUGGAGAACUGGUAGCAGAAAUUGAAUAGUUCGGAGAACCGCAGUUUACAGAGUCAACCUCUUGCCUCCAACAAUCUGGGUCCUCAUUUUACCCACCUCGGAAGGAUGGAAGGCUGAGUCAACCUUGAGCCUGGUGAGAUUCGAACUACCAAACUGCAGGCAGCCGGCAGGCAGAAGAAGGAGCCUGCAGUACUGCACGCUAACCAUUGCGCCACCAUAUCUGGGUUGUUCCAUUUGAAGUUUACUUUCCACUGCUUAUUUAGUUAGAAACUUAUGAGUUCAAAAGCCAGAAGAAAUUUUCAGAAUGCAACAUCAUACAACAUCUUUCUUUAAUUUGAUUUUCCUGCUUUCCUGCACUGUGGUAGGACUCCAUCAAGAAAAGUAUCCAAAGAGAAGCUUCUAAUCUAUGAAGGGCCAUGGGCUUUUGGUCUGCCAGCUUUCACCUCUCCUACAAACUCAAGCUAUUGAUGCUCAUUACCCUCUGCGUCUUAUUAAUAGGCUGGGCUACCUCCACUUACCUCGUGGAUAUUUUACAUGAAACUCCAGCCGCAAAAGGCAUGAUUGAAAGUUUCAGGAAGCCAACCACUAUUAAGGAGGAACAAAUGGAGAAUUCAAAGAGGAAGGCCAUGCUUAUCAAGAAACUACCCACAGCAAUACCCCCCUGUCCUUCUCUGUCUCCCUAUCUGCGAGGCCCCAGCAAGCUCAUUUUCAGAGCAUCUCUCACUCUGGAAGAACUGCAAAAAGAGAAUCCUUCGGUAGCCAAAGGGCGCCAUAGGCCAAAAGAUUGCACAGCUCAGCAACGGGUGGCGAUAUUGAUUCCACACCGCAAUCGAGAGAAGCAUCUGCUGUAUCUGUUGGAGAAUCUCCAUCCAUUCUUGCAGAGGCAGCAGCUGGAUUAUGGCCUUUACGUCAUCCACCAGGCUGGCAAUGCCAAGUUUAACAGAGCAAAACUUCUAAAUGUGGGAUACCUGGAGGCACUGAAAGAAGAGAACUGGGAUUGUUUUAUUUUCCAUGAUGUGGACUUGUUGCCAGAGAACGACUUCAACAUUUAUCUAUGUGGCAGUCAGCCAAAGCACUUGGUAGUGGGGAGAAAUAGCACAGGUUACAGGUUGCGUUACCAAGGAUACUUUGGCGGUGUAACUGCUCUGACAAGGGAGCAAUUUCUGAAGGUGAAUGGAUUUUCAAACAACUACUGGGGCUGGGGAGGAGAGGACGAUGACCUCCGGAUCAGGGUUGAAAUGCAGAAAAUGAAGAUAAUCCGACCUUCCCCCAGUAUAGCUAAGUACACUAUGAUCUUUCAUACCAGAGACCAAGGCAACGAGGCAAAUGGCCAGAGAAUGAAUCUCUUGCGUCAAGUGUCUCGAGUAUGGAAGACUGACGGGCUAAAUUCAUGCUCCUAUAAACUGCUUUCAAAAGAAUACAAUCUUUUAUAUACAAAUAUUACAGUGGAUUUUGGAAGGCAAACUAAGUUUUCAUAAUCAUUUCUUAUGGCUAAUAAAUUUUAUUCAAAUGGACCAAAAAAAGUAAUGACUUGAGCUACAGCAGUGAAAUAUUUCUUUUUCUGUUGGUGGAUACUCAACAAGUUCUUUACACACGGAAUAUUUUUUAAAACUGAUAGAUUUGUUAGUUACUUCCUUUUGAGCUAUAAGACAACAUUGAAAAUAAAAACUUUCUUUGGAUAAAAGUAAUCCUUUGUAAAGAAUUCUACGAACAUUUUUUUUUGAAAUGAAGAGAUAUAAGAACAAUUCAACUGUUAAUUUUUCAAUGAAGCAAGACUUUUUUUCAGUCCAACUUUUUAAAAUGUCUUUUUUUCAUUUGAAGAACUGCUCAACAUAUUCUAAACAGGGGUGGUACAUAAUUUCUUUUUCUUAAACAAGGAAAAAAUAAAACUUUGAAUAAAG